AUGGGCGCGGCUCUGUCGAAACUGGCGCAGUGGUCGGCUGCCAAUUACGGCGCCGCAACCCUAGAAAUUUCCCCUCUCAAUGAAGCGAUAUUGAAAGAAAUUAUUAUGUUUGUGGAGAGUUUUAUCUACAAGUAUCCCAAAGAGGCAAAAUUUGUUUUUGUGGAGCCGCUUGAAUGGAAAACAAGUUUGGCUCCCUCAGCGUUUGAAUCAGGCUAUAUUGUCAGUGAAACCACAGCCAAAUCAGAAGAGGUUGACAAAAAUGGACAGCCUUUGCUCUUUCUCUCCAUCCCACAAAUUAAAAUUAGGAGCUUUGGGCAACUGUCACACUUUUUAUUUAUCGCCAAAGACGCAAACCUGAAGGAGGCACAAGCGUGUAUUGAAGCUAACAGAGACCCUGUCGCAAAAAUCCUGGGUCCGGAUUAUAAUGCAACAAAAGGAGACCCCAUUUCAUUAAAUAUUCUGGAUAAAAUUACUGAAGAUGAUGAUCCUGAAAGUGAGGCUAAGAUGAGGAUUGCGAUGUUGCUCCAGGAACUAGAUCUUCACCUACUCAACCAUUCUCUAAAGCAUAUUUCACUAGAAAUACGUUUGAAUCCGGUGACUUUUACCAGGGACAUAGACCUACUCAAACGUUACUCAGGAAAAGGAGAAGAAACCGUCCUGGAAUCUAUCGAAUAUACCUCAGAAUAUGAAUUUUCAAAUGGAUGUAGAGCCCCACCUUGGAGACAGAUUUAUGGCGAAAUUUGUUAUGUGAUGGUGAAACCACACGAUGUGGAAACCCUGUGCAUUACUUGUUGUGUAGAAGGAGUCUUUUUAAAUGGUGGUAAAACAGAGGAAGAGGGAGAAAUUGAUUAUGAGAGAAAAGGUGAAAUUUACAAAGACCUUGUCACAUUUUUAAAAGAAAAGUCAGCGAAGUUUUCGGAAAAUAUAUCUAAACAGGCGAUAAGUUUCAAAGAAGAAGAAGAAGAAGAAGUAGGAGAACUAAAGGAAGUGGAUCAGGUGAACAAGGAGGAGCAGAAGGAGGAAGAAGCCACCUACACAAAAGCUAUUUCCAAAUCAGACAAAAAGCCACGCGAGAAGAGCCAAAUUAAUUUUGGGACAAGCCAAAUGGCCAAGAGAUUGGAACCAAGCUUAAAUUGGAAGGCCACUGUCGAUUACAAAGACCGCAAAAUUACAGGAAGAGACAUCCACUCAGAGGAAAAAGUUGGAGGAAGGCUUGAGAAGUCAAGACCGUCUAUUUCAGUUGGGAGACUACGGUAUGUUUCUGGUUACAAAAGUGUUGAAAAGAUCGAGGCAAUUAUUAGUGAAAGCUCCUCUGACACUGAGGAAGAUGAAGAACCCACUGACCAUCGUCAGGAAGCAAAUGCAGAUUUGCCAUCGGAAUACUGGCAAAUUCAGAAGCUGGUGAAAUAUUUAAAGGGAGGGAACCAGACAGCUACAGUGAUUGCAUUAUGCUCAAUGAAGGAUUUCAACCUAGCUCAAGAGACCUGCCAGCUGGCCAUCAGAGAUGUUGGAGGCCUGGAAGUGUUAAUAAAUUUGCUUGAUACAGAUGAGGUCAAAUGUAAGAUUGGUUCAUUAAAAAUCCUGAAGGAAAUCAGUCAGAAUUCUCAAAUCAGACGUAGUAUUGUUGACCUUGGGGGCUUACCGAUUAUGGUGAAUAUACUUGAUUCUCCACAUAAGAGGCUGAAAUGUUUGGCAGCUGAGACCAUCGCUAAUGUUGCCAAGUUUAGAAGAGCCCGGCGGGUGGUGAGGCAGCACGGAGGCAUCACCAAACUGGUGACUCUACUUGACUGUGCACAGAAUUCAACAGAACCGGCUCAGUCGAGUCUAUAUGAGGCCAGAGAUGUGGAAGUGGCCCGCUGCGGGGCCCUGGCACUGUGGAGUUGCAGUAAGAGUUACGCCAAUAAAGAGGCGAUCCGCAGAGCUGGGGGCAUUCCUUUGUUGGCUCGCUUACUGAAGACGUCUCAUGAAAACAUGCUAAUUCCGGUGGUGGGGACACUGCAAGAAUGUGCAUCUGAGGAAAACUACCGAGCUGCCAUCAAAGCAGAAAGGAUCAUUGAAAAUCUCGUCAAGAACCUGAACAGUGAGAAUGAGCAGCUUCAGGAGCACUGCGCCAUGGCCAUCUAUCAGUGUGCUGAAGAUGAAGAAACCCGGGACCUGGUUAGGCUGCAUGGAGGACUUAAACCCCUGGCCACUCUGCUCAAUAACACUGACAAUAAAGAACGGUUAGCUGCUGUCACCGGGGCAAUAUGGAAGUGUUCCAUCAGCAAAGAGAAUGUGACCAAGUUUCGAGAAUACAGAGCCAUUGAAACCUUGGUGGGACUUUUAACUGACCAACCUGAAGAAGUACUUGUGAACGUGGUUGGGGCCUUGGGGGAAUGCUGCCAAGAGCAUGAAAACCGAGUCAUUGUCCGGAAAUGUGGUGGCAUUCAGCCACUGGUGAACCUCCUCGUUGGAAUAAAUCAAGCUCUUCUUGUGAAUGUCACAAAAGCAGUUGGGGCUUGUGCACUGGAACCUGAAAGUAUGACGAUAAUUGAUCGCUUAGAUGGAGUUCGCUUGCUGUGGUCCUUGCUGAAAAACCCUCACCCAGAUGUGAAGGCCAGUGCAGCCUGGGCCCUUUGUCCAUGCAUCCAAAAUGCAAAGGACGCUGGAGAAAUGGUCCGUUCCUUUGUUGGUGGUUUGGAACUUGUUGUCAAUUUACUGAAAUCAGAUAACAAAGAAGUUUUGGCAAGUGUGUGUGCUGCUAUUACCAAUAUAGCAAAAGAUCAAGAAAAUUUAGCUGUUAUUACAGAUCACGGAGUCGUUCCCUUAUUGUCUAAACUGGCAAAUACAAAUAAUGAUAAAUUGAGGCGUCAUCUGGCAGAAGCGGUAUCCCGGUGCUGUAUGUGGGGCAGGAACAGAGUGGCCUUUGGGGAGCACAAAGCAGUCGCUCCGUUAGUGCGUUACCUGAAGUCGAAUGACACCAACGUGCACCGGGCGACAGCUCAGGCCUUGUACCAGCUCUCGGAAGAUGCCGACAACUGCAUCACCAUGCAUGAGAAUGGCGCAGUCAAGCUGCUCCUGGCUAUGGUCGGGUCCCCCGAUCAGGAACUCCAGGAAGCUGCGGCUGGUUGCAUAUCCAACAUCCGCAGGCUGGCUCUGGCCACAGAAAAGGCAAGAUACACUUGAAAUGUGAACUUGACAUUACGGAGCUACCAAAUUUUACACGACACAGGACGUGGCCUGGAAACCUAAAUCCCAAACCAUCUUUAGCAAGUCCUUUAAACCGUCUUAAUGAAAACACACCAAUUGAAAGCGCAAACGAUGCUUUUCGUGUGAAAAUUGCACGGGUAUGUUUGUUCUGUUUAAUGUUUCGGGAAUCUGCUAUGUAAUAAAAUGUAAAGCCAAUAAAUGCGCGAUCAUUUUCUAAGCAUGUCUACGGGAUAUCCAUCUAUUUCGGUGAUGCUUUUGCAUUUGUGGUGAUUUUAAUAAAGGAUACGACCUUC